UUCAAGACUGCGAUGAACUUUUAAUGCUAAAAUAAGGACAGAGGAGACGCGCAGUUUACUCUCUGGUCUGGCGAAUGUUCAACGUCUGCAGAAACCAUUUGGAAAGAGGAACGUUUUAUUUUCCCUUGAAACACAGCUGUUUUUAUUUAAGUUCAAGGGCAAAGGUUCGAUGAGGUUCGAGAAAUAAUUGUCCAGGAGAGUCUUACUUGCGAGACAGAAGAGGCUGCUGUGAGAUAUAUCGAGUGAGCCGCUCUGAUUAAUACCAUCCUGUGCGAGCGAGCUAAAAGCAGGAAAGAAUGGGAGACUGGAGUAUCUUGGGGAACCUGUUGGAAAGUGCCCAGCAGCACUCCACCGUGGUAGGAAAGGUGUGGUUAACGUCUCUGUUCAUUUUCCGUAUUCUGGUGCUGGGGACUGCCACCGAGAAGGUCUGGGGAGAUGAGCAGGUCUUCUUUUCCUGCGACACCAAACAGCCCGGCUGUCAGAAUGUCUGCUACGACAGGAUCUUCCCCAUCUCCCACAUCCGCUUCUGGGUGCUGCAGAUCAUCUUUGUGUCCACCCCCACGCUGGUCUAUCUGGGCCACAUCUUCCACCUGGUGCGGAUGGAGGAGAAACAGAAGCAGAGGGAUAAAGAGAAGCUGAGCAGGCAUCAACCUGGAGACAAGGAGGCAUUGACACAGAAUGCCAAGGACAUCAAAUGCCCCUUGCUGAAUGAUCAGGGCAAAAUUAGAAUGCAAGGAGCUCUUCUACGCACUUAUGUGUUUAACAUUAUUUUUAAAACCCUUUUUGAAGUUGGCUUCAUAUUGGCACAGUACUAUCUAUAUGGCUUUGAGCUCAAACCUCUUUACAAGUGUAGCUACCUGCCAUGCCCUAACACCGUUGACUGUUACAUCUCCCGUCCGACUGAGAAAACGGUUUUCAUUAUAUUCAUGCUGCUUAUGGCUUGCCUUUCACUACUUUUGAACCUAAUUGAAAUAUUUCAUCUAGGACUCAAGAAAUUUAGAAAGAGUGAGAAGGACAACCAAGUCUCAAAGUCCACCUGUAAGCAGAAUGGGGCGCUCCCAAUUGAGAGGUCGGAGCCCUGCGCCCCAAGUUACCAUUACUUUGCCAAUCACAGUGGGUCGCAGCUAUACAAGAUAGAGUCAGGCUUCAAUGUCUCCCCACUGACAAAAACAAACUCUGUGUGCCAUCCUUACAACGGCAAUAUGGCAAUAAAACAAAACCAAGACAAUUUUGCCAUGAUGGAUGACAAGCAGGGGAAUCAGGAGGAGACAAGCGCACUACCCAACAGCCAUGUUUCUGUGACUGACAAGAGGAGGAAUAGUGACACGAGCAAACAGAGCAAUCGGACCAGAUCAGAUGAUCUUGCAAUCUAAGUUUCUGGCUGCUGAAGUGACAAGCUGUUUACUAAAAUCAUUCCACUAGGACCUUAAAAAAAAGACCCAAAAAUUGUGGUGAGAAAAAUGUCAAAAAGACAAAUUGACCAACAUGGCAAAGUUGUUAAAAUAAUUUGCUCACUGUCAACACCAGAAUAAGGUUUCAGUUCUGUUUGAUUUAUAUAUAUUGUUAAUGUCAUUUGCCUCCUACAUCAAAAAAGACUCCAGAGGCUAUGACUUAAGGAGCAAAAUUCCCCUUUUAAUGAAAUUGUAUUUUCAGAAA